AUGAACUGGGUCGGUGGCAGUCGGAGCAGAAUCAUAUUAAAGCAGGAAAGGAGAAAGCAGAAGGAAUUCUUUGAAAAGAAGAAACUUAAGUCAAAGAUGAAGCUUCUAGGAGUAUCAUCUCCCAAAAGUUCAGCAGUCAGUUUAGAUCUCCUCAAUCUGUAUGUUGUUAACCAGAUAUCAACCAAAAAAGACAACACCAAGAAUGUGAGGAAGCCAGUCCACGUUGAUAUCACUGAAGGUGUGAAAAUACCUGUUAGGAGACACAACAUAGAGCUUCCCAUGUCACCACCUCGUAUACAACAUAUGUUAAACUUAGAUGAUGUCCAGAACAGGUUACAAAAGCAAGUAUUGGACAGCAGAAGGCAGCAUCUCUCCGAGAAAAUAAAAUACCAGCAUAAUUUGUCACAAGUAACAGAAUUAACAUAUGGUGAUUCUAGUAUGGAACAUGAAGACAACGUGGCAAGAGCUUUUGGUGCCUGUCCAUUGUCCUCUUCUGGUUUUUGGUCCUCUAACUGUACACAACUUUCAGAAGAAAAUAUCAACCCAAACCUAAUGGUCAACACUUGGGAACAGACCUAUGAAGAGAGGCUGCAAAACCAGCCAGGAAAUAGUUCUGAUCAAGAUCCUUGGAUUAAAAAACCUGCAAGCCAGUGUAUAUUCAGGAAGUCUGAUACAGUGCCUCAGGAACUGUUUAAGCCAUUGCAUAGCCUAGACUAUAUGACUUCUGCCAAGAAAAAUCCAGUGAUAAUGACCAGUAACGGACCAGAAAACAGAGAACUAAUAAAAGAAUCAUUGUUUGAUGUUGUGAAAGAAGCUGCAGAACUGGAUGCUCCCCAAGAUGGACACGAUUUUUCCAUUCUGGCCCUGUUCGAAGAUGAGAGACAACCAAUCCGUAAUAAUCCUUCCACAAAGCAUUUUAAUCCUUUUGUUAACCAAAGCAGUGCUACCAUUUUUUUCGUUGACCCUGAUGAUAGAAAUCAAAUGACCAACAGAAAUUAUCCUUAUGAUACCAGAGAGGCAUAUCCUGCAAUCAGUGAAAAAACAAGUUCUGUAGACAGACACCUUGAAAGCAUUUUCACAGCUCCAGACCAGGUUUUACAUAAAAGUAACAAUGCCUCAAGUGCAAGCUACCAAAAAACCAGUGGACUUCAUAAAAUCCAACUGCAGGACUGUCAUGAAGGAGAGCAGUACUUCAUACCCUCUGUAAAGAAAGAAAAACCAGCAAACCUUGAAGAAAUUGAGGCAUUUGUUUAUCACCAUGAUCAGCAGAUUAACUUAAAGGAGAAUGUACAGAACUAUUCAGGAAUAGAAAGGGACAUCAGUUCUGUGAAACAAUCAGACUGGAGAGAGAACCAGCUCCUUGGAUUUGAAGAGUUCACAGCAGCACAAGAGAAGGAGUAUAAGUAUGGAGCAAGUUCAAAUCUUCACGAGAUGGAGAAGG